AAUAUGACAGGAAAAUUCUGGUAUGUCAUUGUCAUUCUUGUCAAACAGUUGUCAAAUCAAAUCGCGUUGCUUCACUUGUGUUUUUCGUGAAUUCAUCUGAAUUUAUUUCUGUUAAUUACGGUGACAAGAGAAUAUUUUCAAAAUGAGCGGUUGCCCCUUCAAUGACGAGCAGCUGGCGCAGCUGAAGGCGUUCGUGGAGCUGUGCCGGUCGCAGCCGCAGGUGCUGCAGCACCCCAAGCUGUCCUUCUUCAAGGAUUACCUGACUUCCCUCGGAGUGUCCAUUCCGACGGCCACUUUUGGUUCCAAGAAUUUUACGGCACCCGGUGGUGAUAGUGCGGGCAACAACAAUGCGGCCGAGCCUUCCUCAACAUCGGAAGAAGAAUCUGAACCAGAGUCUGAUGUGGAACUUGACUUGGAAGGUAUCAUCGAAGAAGACAAGCUUGAUGACUCACAGAUCAUGGGAGACGCUUCAAAGGAGGAGAUCCCUGACGAGGAACGAGACCAAUCUGAUGAAAAGCGAUCUGAGGCCAUGCGGGCCUUCGCUGACCAGAAGUAUGAUGAGGCCGUCAAGUUGUACUCGGAGGCCAUCCAGCUGAACCCACAGAGUGCCUUGUUAUUUGCUAAGAGAGGACAGGUGUACCUGAAGAUGUCCCGUCCGAACGCGUGCAUCAAGGACUGCACGCGCGCGCUCGAGCUCAACUGCGACAGCGCCGCCGCGUACAAGUUCCGCGGACGCGCCUACAGGCUACUGGGCAAGUUCGAGGAAGCCUCCCACGACUUGUCCGAAUCUCUCAAGAUCGACUACGACGAGCAAGCCAACGAGUGGUUCGCGGAGGUGAAGCCCAACGCGGAGAAACUGCGGCAGCAUAAGCUCAGUGUGCAGAGGAAGCGGGAGGAGAAACAGCACCGCGACCGCGUCCGGCGCGCCCGCAAGGCUCAAGAAGCCCGCGCCCGCGCCGCCAAGGCUCAAGCUGAAGCCGCCCAGUCCGCCCCUAGAGGCUUCCCCAGCGGAUUCCCCGGAGCAGGUGCAGGGUUCCCGGGGGCUGGCGGGUUCCCGGGCGCGGGCGGGUUCCCGGGCGCCGGGGUGAACCCGAAGGACUUCAGCAAUCUGCUGUUUGAUCCGGAGAUUAUGGCUUCUAUUCAGGACCCAGAGGUCGCUGCGGCGUUCCAAGACGUGUCGGCCAACCCGGCCAACUUCGCCAAGUACCAGAACAACCCCAAGAUCGCGGCCGUCAUCGAGAAGCUGCAGAAUGUGCUGGGGAAGGGUGGCGCCGGCGGAGCGGGGCCUUUCGGAGGAGCGGGCGGCCCAGACGGCCCAAAGCCGCCAACGGAUGAUGACGUUGGCCUCGACUAAAUAUUAUCUACAAGCUAACUGUAUCCUGAAAAAUGCUAACUGUAUACUGAAGAAUGCUAACUGUAUCUACUAGCUACACAUUGUAUAUUGGAGUAUAGAUCACAUCUGAUCCCUGAGGCGGUUGUUUCAAGCAUUUUGUUUUUGAAAUUAUGAACAAAAAUUGCUAAUGUCGUCAUUGUAUCGUUCUAAAGAAACAGUUAUGAAUGACAAACCGACUGACUACAGUCGCAUUUUUACUGGCAAAAUGCUUAAAAUAUUCCUCUCAUAUUAAAUGAUAAUGGCACUAAUGUAGGUUAAAAAUAAUUAUGAAGACUAACAUCACUAAUUAAGUUGGUAACUUGUUGAGCAAAAAUCUUUCUGCAUUCUGGCUACAAUGUUGUUUUCGCACAUUUUUUGCCAAAGUUUCGGUUAUUCUAUAAGGAAUCUGUUGGAAUUAAAAAGGUUUACAAUCUAACUUUCCUAU